AUGCGGAUAAUCUUGCUGCUAUCCCUUCUGAUUAUUGAGAAUGCUGCUGAGGAUCUAGAUGAAGGCUGGGUAGCAGUACAACAUGAUGAAUAUAUAGACUUCAAUCUGGAGCAGUAUUCUCUUGAAAUAAAGACUGAUAGCACGCUAGGGAGUGAAGAUAUAGCGUGGGUGAUGUUCUACACUUCACAGGAAGACCUUGCAGGAGGACUCUUACUCUACUUCACCUCUACUCCUAAGUACCAUAUCAUGUAUUGCAGCUCGGACCGCACUAACUUCCUUACUGACCUACCUACUGCAAGAGACAAGGUAUACGUAUGGAGGGUAACGUUAACUAGAACCUCAGGUAUCAGACUAGUGGUACACUGUAACGAGGUGGAGGUGAUCAACACCCUGAUGUCAGACUCAACGUGUAGUGACAGUGACUGGAGCAUUUACUUGAGCAGGAGCAGGAGCAUUGCAAAGAUAAAGUUCCAUUACUCUGAAACUGCCUCUGAUUUCUACAGACCUCUAACAGUGAUAUGUACUGGACUGAAGGCUGAGUGGACAAGUACGAUUAAGACAGCAGCCAAUUUUCCAGUAGACCCAGGCACCGUCGUGGAAGUGACUUGUUCUGACCCAGAAGCUCUCAACAAAGGGAGCAAUGAAGUGACUUGCACGAUAGGGACAGAGUUCACCUUCUCAAAAGAGCCUUGUUGCUUCAACCUAGGUAAAUCAUAA